CCGCGCCCGCCCUGCCUCGGUGGGUCCCGGAGGAGCCUCCCCGCAGCCCCGCGGAGGGGACCGAAAAUGAGGCACUGAAGCCCUGGUUUCUGCGCUUCCCCCUUUCCAGGGACUUGGAAUGAACUCAGCGGGGUCCUCCAGACCCUCCGUCCCAAGGGGAUGGAGGAUGAACGUCCCCUAAGGCGUCCCUGAGGCUGCUUCGCCCUUCGCCACCCGGACUCAGUCCCUGCGGUCAGUUUUCAUCAGCCACGUUGGCCCCUUCACCAGAGUUGCAGACCGAAAGAGAUGGAAGAAAAGGAACGAUGUGAUUUAUUCCAGUUUGACCCGUCCCGCUAGGGAAGUAUGGUUGUCACGUGUGAAACGGGAAAGCCGUCGGGAAAAAACGUGGCUCUGGAGGGGGGUGGGCGGGGAGGCGAGGGAAAAAUGCCCCCGCGUUUUUUAUGACCUUCUCGACCGUCCGGCACUUUGGCAGCAGGGACGGUGGUAAAAUAAAACGGAAGCACACAAGUUAUUUUCUGUCGGGAGAAUAGAGAAGGGCGAUACUUUUUGUUGGCGUCGUUUCCAACUUCUCCCGCGGCGAAGCGUGCACCAUGGACCCCUUGGAGUAAGGUGUGAACCGCACUCAUUCCCGGAAGACGGAGAACAUUGCCUGCUUCCGCCAGAGGAAGGGGGAGGGCAUUUCGGACACUCGUCUCUGGAGGAAACACCAUGAGUUGUGUGCCAUGGAAAGGCGACAAGACCAAGUCGGAAUCGCUAGAACUGCCCCAGCCAGCGGCACCCCGGAUCUACCAUGAGAAACAGCGCCGAGAGUUGUGUGCCCUCCAUGCCCUCAACAACGUCUUCCAGGACGGCAACGCCUUCACCCGGGAAACGCUGCAAGAGAUUUUCCAGAGGCUGUCUCCGAGCACCAUGGUGACCCCCCACAAGAAGAGCAUGCUAGGAAACGGGAACUAUGACGUGAACGUUAUCAUGGCGGCACUUCAGACCAAAGGCUACGAGGCAGUUUGGUGGGACAAACGCAGGGACGUCAGCGUCAUCGCCCUCUCGAACGUCACGGGCUUCAUCAUGAACCUGCCGUCCAGCCUCUGCUGGGGCCCCCUGAAGCUCCCCCUCAAAAGGCAGCACUGGAUCUGCGUCCGCGAGGUGGGAGGCGCCUACUACAACCUCGACUCUAAACUCAAGCUUCCUGAGUGGAUCGGAGGCGAGAGCGAGCUCAGGAAAUUUUUGAAUCACCAGCUGCGAGGAAAGAACUGUGAACUGCUGCUGGUGGUGCCGGAAGAGGUGGAGGCCCAGCAGAGCUGGAGGGCUGACGACGUGUGAGCCAGCUCUGCCUUUGCCCGUCCUCCCUCCCACUUCAGCCCCUCUCCCCCGCCCCGGGUUCAAGGGGUCCCGGCCCACGGCGCGGAGGACCCCGAGGGCCCGCUUCCCGCCUCCGGCCGCCUCCCCCCGGACGGCCCUGCGCUCUUAGGUCAAGCGAGCGGCCGAGGAAGCAGAACUCCCCGCCGAUUUCUAAGAGGGGGCUGAGACGGGGAAAGGGUGAUCCUAGCCGAGACGUGUUCCCGCCCCCUCCGUGAAGGCCUCCCCGUUGGACCGGACACAAACCUCCCCAGGAAUUCACCCCCGCCACUCCGCCCAGAGAUGCUGCCUCCACUUUCCCUUCCCUGUUAAAGCAGUGGGUCCGGAGACGGCCGGCGAGCCCAGGCCACCGGCCGGAAAGGGCCCGGAGUCCAAGGGUCUCUCCUCAGGAAUCCAUCUCCGAUGACACCGUAGCUGCGAUCCAGCUCGCUGACUCAGAACCGCCCCCCCCGCCACCGUUAGCGUUGAUUUGUGCUGAGAUUCGAUGAGUUGGGGGGGGACCAACAGUCCAGCACAAGAAAAGGAACACUCUUGAAGGAGGUUUGCUAUAACUCUGU